UGUGUGUGUGUGUGCCUCACACCUCAACGAUCUGGUCCAAACCCGGUGUCUCUGUCUCUGUGCUGCAGUUAAAUCAUGUAACCCACCGACUGCGGGGACAUUGAGGCUCCUCGGUGUCACCCGAAAACCGAACGAAACGAUAAAAGCGCCAACACAGCGUUUCUCCAUGGAGUAUGAUCGGAGAAUCACCUGAGUACAGAGUUAGUACCGCUGAAGGAAACGACUUAAACGCCGUUCGGCAAAAACGAAGAAUCAUGGAGGAGGAUUUCCUGCAGUCAAGAGAGGUCAAGAGACAGGAGCUCAUGCACAUGCAAAGAGACAAGAGCCACGGCCCCUUCAGACACUGUCUCAGACGUAAACACACAGUCAAGACGUAAGAGGGAUCCAAUCCUGAGCACAGGAAGACAACAUGGCCUUUAGCUCCCCCAGCGGCCUCACAGACAGGAGUGGUAGCUUCUUUAAGCUGAUUGACACAUUUGCAUCGGAGAUCGGAGAGCUGAAGAAAGAGAUGGUCCAAACCUCUCCAACUAUGGACAAGGAGCCCAUGGAGCUACAAGGGCUUGAGAGCGAGGUGAGUGGCGUUUACCUGCAGUCCCCUCACUGUGGUGGCGUGGGGGGUGAAAGGGACUCUGGGUAUGACUCUUUGCGAAGGAGGAUGAGUGUGUUGGACAGGCUGAGUCAAACCCACCCGGUAUGGCUGCUGCUGGCAAUCAGCGAAGAGGAGGCCAGUCACAUACUGCUCAAACAACCACCAGGGGUAUUCCUGGUAAGGAAGUCAGCUGCCCUACAGAGAAAGGUUCUGUCUGUGCGUCUGAAGCAGGAUCAGUCAGGAACUCCCAUCAGCCACUUCCCUGUCAGAGAGAGCCAGUACACCUUUUCUCUCGAGGGAUCUGGGAUAAGUUUUGCAGAUCUGUUUCGCCUGGUGGCUUUCUACUGUAUUAGCAGGGAUGUCCUGCCUUUCACAAUCAAACUCCCAGAGGCCAUUGCAUCUGCCAAGACUCAGAAAGAACUGGAGGAGGUGGCUCAGCUUGGAGCAGGCUUCUGGGACUCUGCCCUGUGCAGUCAGCGUCGCACCUCCCCCCACCCCUGUCGCCCUCUGAGCCGUACCCUCAGCCCCCAGCGAACCAACAGGAACAGGGACGUUGGAGGGUCACUGCAGAGACACACCGGUGCUAACUGCGACAGCGCACCCCCAACCCUUCGGCCCCACGCUUCUCCACCUUCCUUUCAUCUGGAGGAAAGACAUUCCAGUGGUCCUCUGUGCUUUGUUAACCCAUUGUUUCUCCAGACCCAUCACCACCACCACCACCAAUGUGAGGAAGAUUCACCUUCACAUGCUGUCAAGUCCGAGAAUGCCGGGAAAUCAUCUGUGAAGCAGUUGGGCGGCAACAAAGGUAACGGGCAACACACGGACAAUCUCAAACUGAACGGCAAAUCGAGGCCCCCUCCCCCUCGCCCCCCUCCCCCCCGCUCAAUGCAACGCCGGCGCCCUGCCCCACCUCCACCUGGACCUCCAGUAGCAACCACCAGACCCAAGAGCAUGCCAGAGGCUGUCGCAGUAGCUGCCAGGCAACACCAGUCUCCCAGCAGGCGGCCGGCACCCACUCGACCACCAAUGGGCACCAAGCACAGCAGCCUGUCUAAAAAUGCCAGCUCACCAAUUCCUGUGCCUUCAAACCCUCCACCUCCAAGGCCUAAGAAGCCUGAUCUGGAAGCCCACCGAUGCCACAUCGCUCUGGACGAUGAGACCAUCGCCAAGGCCCUGUCUCGUGCCAAGCUUCCACCCUGCCAGCCACCGCCUGCUGUCCCUGCUGAUGUACUACUGGAGAAUAAUGCUGGGAGUCCAUCCAGUCCUAAUGAGAGGGGACGCCAGCGGCUCAGUGACAUGAGCAUGUCUACUUCUUCCUCUGACUCACUGGAAUAUUCACAGUCUCCUGGAUUCUCCCUGGGCCUGGCCCCCAGCCCGUCUCGACAUCUUAACCAUCAAGACCCAGUGGAGGACAGCAGCGAGGAUGAUGAGGAUGGGGAAGAGGAUGAAGAGGAGGACUACGGGGUUGGCCUGGAGACAGAUCUAGAAAUGCGCCUCCGUCCAUCCUUUAAGGCGCGGAGGCGAAGGGUUGGUGUGAGCCUGGGUGGAGGGUCCUUCAUCCUCCCCAGGGCCUUGAAGGGACGCUUCCGCAAAGUGAGCGGCAUGCUGAGCUCCCUCAUGACCCCAGAGAGACGAGCUGUGAAAAGGAUUGCUGAGCUGUCCAGGGACAAAAGCUCCUAUUUUGGCUCCUUGGUUCAAGACUACAUCAGCUUUGUUCAAGAGAACCGAGGCUGUCACACAUCAGGGAUGGAUUUUCUGCAGACUCUAAGGCAGUUUAUGACACAGAUGAAGGCUUACCUGCGCCAGAGCUCUGAGCUGGACCCACCUAUAGAAUCACUCAUACCUGAGGACCAGAUCGACCAGGUGCUAGAGAAGGCCAUGCACAAGUGUGUCCUGAAGCCUCUGAAGAGCGUGAUUGAGGUGGCGUUACAUGACUUCCAGGUGAGCAGUGGAGCUUGGCAGCAGCUGAGGGAGAACCUGGCCUUGGCAAAGACCAAGAGGCCCCAAGAGCUGGGGGUAGAUGGGGCCGUGCCCCCUGACCCUGUGGCUAUUGAGAAGAUCCGCCACAAAUUCCUGAACAUGAGGAAGAUGUACUCGCCUGAGAAAAAGGUGUCUCUGCUGCUGCGUGUGUGCAAACUCAUCUACACCAUCAUGCAGGAUAACUCAGGGAGGAUGUAUGGUGCCGAUGACUUCCUGCCCAUGCUGACUUACGUGGUUGCUCAGUGUGACAUGCCUCAGCUGGACACAGAGAUUCAGUACAUGAUGGAGCUGCUUGACCCAUCUCUGCUUCAAGGAGAGGGAGGGUACUACCUGACCAGCGCCUACGGGGCCAUGUCCCUCAUCAAGAACUUCCAGGAGGAGCAAGCAGCCCGGGUACUGAGCUCUGAAACCAGGAACACUCUACACCAGUGGCACCGCAGACGCACCGCACAGCGUUCGGUGCCAUCUGUGGACGACUUUCAGAACUAUCUCCGUGUAGCCCUGCAGGAAGUGGAUACAGGCUGCACGGCCAAAACCCUGGUCGUCCACCCUUACACCACCACAGAAGAGGUCUGCUCACUCUGCGCUUACAAAUUUAAGAUCCCCGACCCUGAAAACUAUGCACUGUUUCUGGUCACUGAGGACACCAGCCAGCAGCUGGCCCCAGACACACACCCUCAGCGCAUCAAAGCUGAGCUCCACAGCAGGCCUCGCACACAGAUCUUCCACUUUGUCUAUAGGAAGGUGCCUAACCUUAACCUCUGUAUCCCUGCCAUCAUGCAAAAUGGAAACUGCCUUCAAGUUGAAUAGUGGAGGAGAAUGUAACAGCUUGCUGCACUUGAUCAUAAACUAUAGCAGUUGGUGUUCUUGUGGUGCUUGUAGAUGUUUGUUUUUGAUAGAUUUGAGGAUGUCUGAAACAGAAACCAAGCUGUAUAUAUAUUGAUGCAGAUGUUAAAUAUGACAGUUUUGACCAUUUUUGAAUGAUGAGGGGAUUUGUCUUUUAUGAGAAACAACUAAGUGAUAGAAUGGACUCUGGAAAGUGCUUGUAGUUUAACUCUUACACCUCAGAAAUGUGGCUCAGAUAUGGGUCAAAAAGGCAAAAUUAUGGUAAGACUCAUUCAGCUUAAGUUUAUCUCAACUUAUCAACAAUUCAACCACUAGUCUAUUUGGCCUGUAUCUGAUUUGGUUAGAGUACAUGCUAAGCGGAAAGUGUUGGAUUGUGUAUUGAGACUGAUUUGCAGGAUUUUUAGUAUGUGAAAUGUUAUAUGGAGAUGAAAGUUCUUCAGAUUGUUGGGCAUGUAUAUCCUCAAAGCUGAGUACAGUAAAAUAUUGCAUUUUUUUAAAAAAAAACUAACUUCUGCCUUAACUGCUGUUAUCCUGGGUGCCUUCAAAAGGAACAUACUGUAUGCUACUGAGAGCUUUCAGCUGUCAUCCAGUGACUAGUCAGCUUGCAUAAAAAUGACCUAGAUUAAAACGUCAUGCUAAAACAUUAAUUUAAAAAGUAAAAUGAAUUGUUCUGAUUUUUUUUUCUCUUAUGUUUUUUUUUGCAAUUGCUGGUCAAUUGUAGCCUGUUAUUUCAUGUAGAAAUAUUUUUAUAUUCUUUCUCAUCACUAAAGUGACAAAUAUUUGUAUUCUGGUUUAAUAUUUCUGUACUGGACUCAUUACUGGACUUGGUUUUAUGCCAGUUAUUUCUCAAAAGUCAAUUUAUGAACAACACUGUUUCUACUGUUUGUUAUGAAAAUAGCUCCAUGCUGACUGUGGAAAAAUAUAAAAUUCUCUCCAAACAAA